UUCUGCAGAGCCAAAAGGUGCUACUGUAAGAACCAAGUAAGAAGAGGCUCAGGAUUGUGUUGUUUUAAUGAUGACAGACCGAGGAACUUUCUUGAACUUUGAUCCUUGAGGAACAGGGUGGGGGUGACUCUUGAGUGCUGUUUAUCAUUACCCAGGUUGCCGUCCUCAUGUUUGUGACUCUGGCUUUCUUCUGUUUGGAAAUCAACUCUUCACAAGCAGUGUAAAUAAAGCAGUUUCCUUUGGAUUAUAUGAAGGUUAGAUAACCCUUAAGUUUAUAGCUCAAAGGCUUCAUUGCACAAAGGACUGGAGGGUUACAAUUAUUUACGGAAAAGAAAAGUAGACACAAUUGGGAUGACUGUUGGCAUACAGUUAAAACCUGAACCAUAAAAUAAUUACGAUGUCUUAGUUGAUUUAAUAAGAGUUAGAUGGGUCUUGUUUGAGUUCACAGACUUUGGUGUGUUCCGAGCACAUGCUGAAAAACUCAUCUGAAACUCUAGAGGACACACUUGUGGGAUUAGUGGUGUGUUCUUACACGGAAAUCCUUGGAACCUGGAGGCUUAAUCUAACCUCUCUGUUUGAUCUCUGUUUGAUUUCAUUGCUGUCCCUGAGAAGCAACAGAGACACUAAGAGAUCUAAUGUGAUUUUUAGGUUAUUAAAUCCUGAAAUAGACUAUUUGAUUCAAACCAUCACAAUUGACCUGCAAUACCCUCUGCAUUUCUAAACAGGGCUGCAUGUUUCUUAGUACGGAAGGAACUGGUUUAACUUGUUGGUUACUAGGGGGCAUGUCGAGUAGGUUUUCCCAGUGUAAUGACACAGUGGCUGCUAGCUGAGAAAGAGUUUCAUUUCAUCCCCGUCUCUGAGCUGUGCAGCAUGUGGAUGAGCUCGUCUUUUCCCCUGAAGUCUGGGUGCGUUUAUCUGUAAUUUAUAGUUUCCUGUGAAAAGGGCGAGGUAAGCUGUCCAACUCUCAGCUGCUCAUUGAUUCAAAGGAAUCUUGGGAUCUUCAGAGACUUUUUUGUGGUUAGAGGAUAAGAAGAAACGCACUGGGAUGAGUGUUCCCCUGACAGGAUUUUGAUAUGACGUUUGGCGGCAAAAACAUGUCAGCCUGCUUAAAGGGAUUCGCUCUGGGGCGGCUCUGAAUUCUCGACGCAGGAAGGUUUCUCGAGCAGCUCCUGCUGGUGUACACAGAGAUGGCCAUGGUGAGCGGGGGAUGGGCCAACCCCAACGGCAGUGCUAAUGGACUCGGUGAGAAAGGUUACCUGCGGGGGGAGGAGGAGGGAAGCUCGCCCCAGGCAGGGAACAGCGAUGUGGAAGGUGGCGAGGAGGACAAGGCCUGCGUGGUGGACUGUGUGGUGUGUGGAGACAAAUCCAGCGGGAAGCACUAUGGCGUUUUCACCUGUGAAGGGUGCAAGAGUUUCUUCAAAAGGAGCAUCAGACGGAACCUCAACUACACGUGCAGAUCAAACAGAGAAUGCCAGAUUGAUCAGCAUCACCGUAACCAGUGUCAGUACUGCCGUCUGAAGAAGUGCUUCCGGGUCGGUAUGAGGAAAGAAGCUGUUCAGCGUGGCCGAAUUCCUCCAUCCCACGCAGGCGUCAGCCCAGCCUCCAUGGUUGGAGCAGGUGGUGAUGUUGGAGGAGGUCCAGGCAUGGGUGCUGAUUUCUUCAAUGGUCAGCCAGUGUCUGAACUCAUCUCUCAACUACUGAGAGCAGAGCCGUACCCCAACAGCCGUUAUGGAGCCCAGUGUGGCCAGCAGCUCCCGGGCGCCAACAGCUCCAUGAUGGGCAUUGACAAUAUAUGUGAGCUUGCAGCCCGGCUGCUGUUCAGCACCAUAGAGUGGGCCAGGAAUAUUCCCUAUUUUCCUGACCUGCCAGUCUCGGAGCAGGUGGCCCUUCUAAGGCUCAGCUGGAGUGAACUGUUCAUCCUGAAUGCAGCUCAGUCGGCGUUACCCCUGCACACGGCCCCUCUGCUGGCAGCUGCUGGGUUUCACUCCUCCCCUAUGCCCGCUGACCGCGUCGUGUCCUUCAUGGAUCAGGUGCGGGUCUUUCAGGACCAGGUGGACAAGCUGACACGACUACAGGUGGAUUCUGCUGAAUACAGCUGUCUGAAAGCCAUCGCUCUGUUCUCACCAGAUGCAUGUGGGCUGUCGGAUCCGGCGCAUGUCGAGAGCCUGCAGGAGAAAGCACAGGUGGCCCUGACCGAGUACGAGCGCAUACAGUAUCCAGGCCAGCCCCAGCGCUUCGGCCGGCUCCUGCUGCGACUGCCCGCCCUGAGAGCCGUUCCUGCCAACCUCAUCUCUCAACUCUUCUUCAUGCGGCUGGUUGGCAAGACGCCAAUCGAAACACUAAUCCGGGACAUGCAGCUCUCUGGAAGCUCCAUCAGCUGGCCGUAUGCGCCUGGACAGUAGACGAACAAUCAGAGGACUUAUUCCCAUGUCCCAUCUCAGGCUGCUCCCAUGAUUCCACAGUAACUGUGCGGAUAGAUGUUGUGUGUGGGCUUUGUCGAUCGUGUGUAUAUAUAUAUAUAUAUAUGACUAAAGGUGGAUGACACAUAUGUUCCUAUGCAGUUUUAUUGAGCCAUCCAGUACCAGGAUACCUCACGUUUUUGGUCAUGAGCAUCAACAAAUUCUCUCAAAAAACAUUUGACAAGCUGAAUGAUAAACAAGGACUGAUUACGAAGUCAGCUGGUAUUUGAUCCAAAGCUUUAAAAGGAGAAUUUAUAAUACCUUCUUUUUGAGAGCAUAGCGAACUACUUUAAAGCUAGUGUAGAUUAAGUGUACAUUAAGAAUCUUUAUAACAGACAGCAUUUGUGAGUCAAAAAUGUUGGGAUGAAUACUUGAAAAAUCAGUGAAUGGCUAUAUUUGGAAUGGGAUACUAGCAUACUCCACACUACUGUAUACUGCUUUAUAUUAAAAAUUGUAUGUCAAAAUAUGCAACAUUUCAUGUAUCAAACAGUACUAUGCUACACUGCACUUACGUGACCUCAUGAUAUUGCAUGUUUAUGCUGUGCUACACUUAGGAUACAGUAAUCUGUGCAGUGUUGCUCAGGUUAUGUUUUGCAUAUUUUGGCAAAUGGUCAUCCAGGUAUUAUAUGCAUACAGAUACAUACUAUGCACAGUGAACCUACUAUAUAUUGCAGAGAUCUUAAGAGUAGUAUGUUAGUAUGCUGUUCUGAACAUAGUCUGUGUCCUCGAUUGUCCUAUUUAAACAGGUUUAGUGAAUUUUUCAUUGGGGUGGAGACAUUGUUCGAAGUUUUACAUUGCCGACAGUGGGAAGUAAUAAGUAUUUUUGCAUAAUAAAAAUAAAAAGAAUAAAACAA